AUGGCCGACCUCGCCGUCCAGUUGACCGCGCCAAACGGCCGGUCCUACAGCCAGCCCACGGGCCUCUUCAUCAACAACGAGUGGGUGAAGUCGUCUGACGGCGGCAAGAUCGCCUCCAUCAACCCCACUGACGAAACCGAGAUCGUCUCCGUGUACGCCGCCACGGCCGAGGACGUCGACCGCGCCGUCACCGCCGCCCGCGCCGCCCUCGACGGCCCCGCCUGGGGCGAGCUGCCGGCGACGGAGCGCGGCAAGCUGAUGCACAAGCUGGCGGAGCUCGUCGAGGCGCACCGCGAGACGCUGGCGACGAUCGAGACGUGGGACAACGGCAAGCCGUACGCGGUGGCGCGCGACGAGGACCUGACGGAGGUGGCGGAGACGCUGCGGUACUACGCGGGCUACGCGGACAAGCGGUUCGGCCAGGUGAUUGAGACGACGCCGGACAAGCUGGCGUACACGGUCCGCGAGCCCGUGGGCGUCUGCGGCCAGAUCAUCCCGUGGAACUACCCGCUGUCGAUGGCGGCGUGGAAGCUGGGCCCCGCGCUGGCGUGCGGCAACGCCGUGGUGCUCAAGCCGGCCGAGCAGACGCCGCUGAGCAUCCUGUACUUUGCCAACCUCGUGGUGGCCGCGGGCUUCCCGCCGGGCGUCGUCAACAUCCUCAACGGGCCGGGCGCCGUGACGGGCGCGGCGCUGGCGACGCACCCGCGCGUGGACAAGAUUGCGUUUACGGGCUCGACGGCGACGGCGCGGCACAUUAUGAAGAUGGCCAGCGGCACGCUCAAGAACAUCACGCUCGAGACGGGCGGCAAGAGCCCGCUGCUCGUCUUUGCCGACGCCGACCUCGACCAGGCCGUCGAGUGGGCCCACGGCGGCAUCAUGUCGAACCAGGGCCAGAUCUGCACGGCCACGUCGCGCAUCCUCGUGCACGCGUCCGUCUACGACAAGUUUUUGGCCGCCUUCCAGAAGCAGGUGCACGCCAUCUCCAAGGUCGGCGACCCCUUUGCCGACGCCACCUUCCAGGGCCCCCAGGUGACCAAGGCCCAGUACGACCGCGUGCUGUCGUACGUCGACGUCGGCAAGGCCGAGGGCGCCACCCUCGUGGCGGGCGGCCGCGCCGCCACGACGGCCGGCGCCGGCGGCAAGGGCUACUUUGUCGAGCCCACCGUCUUCACGGACGUGCAGCCGACGAUGCGCAUCUUCCAGGAGGAGGUGUUUGGCCCCUUUGUGGUGAUUGGCAAGUUUGCGACGGAGGCGGAGGCGGUGACGCUGGCCAACAACACCGAGUACGGCCUGGGCGCGGCGCUCUUCACGACGGACCUGACGCGCGCGCACCGGGUGGCCAAGAAGCUCGAGGCCGGCAUGGUGUGGAUCAACUCGAGCAACGACAGCGACUGGCGCAUCCCCUUUGGCGGCGUGAAGCAGAGCGGCAUCGGCCGCGAGCUGGGCGAGGCCGGUCUCGAGGCCUACUCGACCAUCAAGGCCAUCCACAUCAAUAUGAAGUCAAGGUUGUAG